ACUUUAAAUUAUUGUAUUUUAUUUAAAUUUUGCAUUUGAAACAGUAGAAGUUAAUUAACAUCAAUGUUUAAAAAAAAACAUUCACUUCAUACAUUAACAUCAAUGAAAUAAUUACAUCAUGAUGUUAAAGAUAUGUAUUUUUCUUUUUCAGAUAUUUGGCGACCGGCGACAGCCAUCAGACUAUAGCUUUUUCUUAUCGGGUAGGACGAUCAACUGUUUCCAAAAUUGUGAGAAAUGUCUGUCAAGAAAUUUGGAAAACUCUACAGCCAAAGUAUUUGCCAUCACCCAACAGAAAAAUGUGGUUACAAUCUGUUGAGGAUUUCUUGGUACUUUGGGGCUUCCCGAACUGUCUUGGAAGUAUAGACGGAAAACAUAUUAAGCUAAAAUGUCCUCGUCGUAGUGGCUCAGCUUAUUUUUGUUACAAAAAUUAUUUCUCCAUAGUACUCCUUGCUAUCGUAGACCCACAUUACAAGUUUAUGGUAGUGGACAUUGGCAAUUAUGGGCGUCAUAGCGAUAGCGCUAUCUUUGAAAAUUCAGCUUUCUAUCAACAAUAUAUUGAUAAUAAAACUAUUUUACCUCCAAGACCACUUCCAGGAAGAGACGACCCAGUACCACAUGUAUUUGUAGGUGACGAAGGAUUUGCCCUGCAAACUUAUUUGAUGAGACCAUACCCAAAAACUGGAAUCAUUAAUGACACAAGAAGAAAAAAAUUUAAUUCACAGCUCAGCCGAGCACGUCGUGUAGUCGAAAAUGCAUUCGGCAUAUUGGCUAUGAAGUGGCGAGUUUUCUUAAGAGCCAUAGAAACAGAUGCUGCAACGGCUGACUGGAUUGUAAAAGCAGCAUGCUGCCUACACAACUAUAUUAUUACAAAAAACAAUACUAAAGAAUAUGUAGAUAUGGAAACAGAGGAACAAGAUGAACCAAUACGAGCGCUACUAAACACAAGACCGACCAACAGAAGAUCGAAUACUGCUGCGUUUGAAGUACGAGAAAAAUUCGCCGAUUACUUCAGCAGUUUAUAAACCAUGUAUCUUUAUUUAUUUUAUUUUAAUAUUAUCAUAUUGUAUUUUUUAAUUUAUAAAUAAAAUGUACUCACCA